AUGAAAUCGGUAGUGUGCUUAGAUAGAUCGAAUAAUGAUGUCCAACUCGGCACGGGCGGAUCUGCGGGGGAGGGGGAGGCUUUGGGGCUGAAGCCCCCUCCCCCCAAAAUGAUGCUAGCUGCAAAUAUCCAGAUACGGCAAAACAUCCAAUCAUGCUUCAAGAUCUUGGUUACUGCUACAGCUCUUCAGGUCACCUCAUCGCGCCUCCUUUUCCUGUUAAUGAUUAUAAGGAAAUACACCUGA